AUGUCGUCUCUCGCCGCGCAGCUGUCGCAAAUCGCAGCCAAGUCGACACAUGAACUGGACCUUAAGGAGCAACGGGCCAUUCACUCACAAUCGCUUAUUUUUGACCCCAAGAUAGCUGGAAGUCAAGAUUUUGAUGCAAUCUACGACAUAUGUUAUGAUGGAUUCCAAGAACUAUGCUCUUUGGACCCCCGCUUUGCGGAAUUUGAUCGCACCAUCUUCAGCGAGCAAAGCAAGGCAGAGGAUCGCAGUCAGAUGAACGCACAACAAAACAAGGAAUUGGACACUGCGGUGGGAGCCUUCCUGGCGCUCGUUGGCGGCCGGUUACAGCUUAGUCCAGCGGUCAAGGCGGUAGAUUGGCUUGUGCGAAGGUUUAGGAUUCACGAGUUCAAUACAACCGCCGUUUUGUUAACCUUCCUACCGUAUCAUACGACGCCGCUCUUCCUCAACCUACUCUCCAUCCUCCCAGAAAGACUCUCGCCGACUUUCAAGAUCCUCAAUCCAUACAAGAAUAGCCUUAUCAAUCCGCCGAGACAUCCUCUUGUUCAUAGUGCCGCCACAAACAAAUCCUUCUUUGCGGAAUUAAACGAAUAUGUGUUGCAAGUUUGCCGUCAGAACGCCCAGAGCCAUGCGUUACUCACUUUCUGGGCUGGUAUUGUCACCGAAGCCAUUGCUAUCAUGCUUGAUGUUGCUCGCUCCGGGAAAAGAGAGGCUGAGAAGGACAAGCAUGAAGAUAUUCUUCUACGAGUUCUUCCCGUGCUCAGUGCUGCCUUUACAAUUGAGAAUGUGCCCGAGCUCCUUGUCGGCUGCUACAUGAUCUGUGUUGUGCUGGCACAAAAGGCCUUCCUCUCAAACGAGGUCAUUGAAGGUCUCAUGGAAAGUGUCGUGGGUUCUUGGUCAGAAGACACCAAGGCAUCUGGGUUGAUUUGUCUGUCAGUCCUCGCCCAACAAAAGCCUGUUGUCACAAUCCCAAAGAGAGUUUUCAAGGCCAUUCUUCGCCUUGAAAACCCAAUCGCCCAGCUUUCCGAGGUUACUACCCAAUAUAACACGUCCAAGCUGCUUCUUGGAAUCAUUGCCGGCUGUCUGAACGAUCUUCACAAGCCAGACAAUGCCCGCCUAGCAGUUUUGACUUCAAUCUUCGACCGUCAGCUUCUCGGUCAGGAUCAGAUUGGCAACGCAAUGAGUUUGAUACUCGAGGCCGCAUCCAGCGCUGAUGAAACCCGUGGUAUGUCCUUGGAUGCCCAGACACAACUCGCGGAGCUCGUGCAAGGGUUCAACCGCUCCGAAACCCUCCAGCCCGUCUUCCAAAAAACGUUGAACGGAUCGUCCUUCAACAUCCCGGCUCUUGAGCACAACCUUCAGACCGUCAUCGAGGCCCCUAUCGCCACGCCUCUCCUUGAAGAUGUGGAAAUGGCUGAUGCAGACGAGCAGCCUGAGGUUGAUGCUUUCACUCCGGCUUUGGAGUCAUUGAUUAAGGAACCUCUGUUCCCCUCAUCUUUCCUCUCCAAUCAAUCGAUCAUCGAGUUUGACAACCUAGUACGGGUAUUCGCCUUGGCCGUUGAUUCUGAAGAGAAUGUGCAGAGCUUUACCAAUUUGUCUAUCCUGGGCAAAGCCCAGGCCACAAAGUCCCCGCAGUACUUGUCUUUCUUCAUUAGAGUUGUCACGGGACCUUACCCCAUCGGAACCAAGAUUGCUGCUCUGAACGUUGUCUCCUCUGUUCUCGCAGCCGCUCCGGAUGACUUUGACCCCCAGGCCCUCUUGCCAUUCUUAUAUGUUGGUCUGUCAGAUUCCUCUGAGCGCAUUCGUCGGGAGACUGCUAGUGUUUUGGCAAUUGUUGCAUCCCUUUACAAGAAUUCCAAGGCCUCUGACAGUUCACAGCCAUGGGCAUACGAUUCAAUUUACGGCAAAGGAAAGGCAUCCACAAGUGUCGCAUGGCUUUCAGCCAAGGACUCCCAAAAGAUCUUAGAGCGCUCCAUUCUCCCUGGUUUGGAGGAGUCAAUUCUCGACCCCAACCAUGUUCAUCGGGUACUGGAAGCUACACUUCGAGGAAACGUCCUCUCAGAAGCCUCGGGUGCAUCUGAGCUCAAGAAGGCUCUCCGUCUUAACUUCUACAACUCCUUGUGUUCCCACGUCAACAAAAUCCCGGUGUUCGCUCCCAAGAUUGGCCUUUUGAAGUUGAUUAACAGUGUGGAAAAGGUCUCGACUGCAACACUCACUGCUCAGCUUCUUCCAUUGCUUGGAGACUGGCGCGAUCUGACCGAGAAGCAAGUCGAUGAAAUCUGCAGCAAGGAGCGCAUUAUUCCAUCCGAGACCGAAUCUUUGAUCACCGCCGUCGUCACACCAAAGGACAAAGAUGCAUUGGAUAUUCUUCUAUCGAAUGCCAGCUCUUCUGAUUCGUUGCGUCCAGCCUUUGUCGCGGCUUGCUUCACCCAGAUUAAGAACAUCUGGGCCAAGGUCGCCGAAGACCGACAGCUGAUCGCAUCCGAGAAGCUGCUGGAUAUCUCUCUUGGAGCAUCGGCAAACAACAGCUCUUUGAUCAAUAACUGCCGAAACGUUCUGCGCACUAUUGAGUUGUCUGGCGCUGUCUUGCAGCAGUUUGUUCGCAAGAUCCCUGUUUCAAUCACUGAUGUCGAAUCCAUCGGCCCUGCACCCAAGCGCAGACGCACCAGCCAGAACAACAUGAUUGCCAUGACUGUCAAGGACGAAGCGGAACUGACCAAGUUGAUGGACAAGAUGACUUUCAUCCUCGAAAUCGUCGACAGCUCUUCCCCCGAAGCUCACCCCGAGUUGACUGAUGGUUUGUUCCAAACUCUGGCUGCCCUUCACCACUUCAAGUCUCAGAUCCAGUCUGGCAUGAGCUAUCUCCUCAGCCUGACCCUUGGAAGUCUGCUGGCUAUUGUGAACCAGUCGAAGGGGUCUGUUAAGCCUAAGUUCGAUGUCUCCGUUAUUCGGGCUGAUUUGGUCGUGGAUUGCGUCCGCACCACUGAUAGCCCACAGGUCCAGAAUGUCGCGCUUCUACUUGUCGGCAGCUUGUCCGUCAUUGCGCCUGAGUUGGUUCUUCACAGUGUCAUGCCAAUCUUCACCUUCAUGGGUACCAGUGUUCUUCGCAAGGACGAUGACUACUCUGUCUCUGUCAUUGACCAGACCAUUGACCAGGUUGUUCCUGCUCUCAUUCAAUCCCUGCGCAGCCAGAAGCGGGAUGUUGUCUCUGGCACCUCCGAGUUGCUGCUGAGCUUCACUGCCGCUUUCGAACACAUCCCCUCACACCGCCGUCUGCGACUCUUCCAUGCUCUCAUCAGCAAGCUUGGAACCCAAGACUUCUUGUUCGCUGUUUUGGCAAUGCUUGCCAACCGUUACUCAACCGACAAGGAUGUUCUGACCUUGAUGACUGGCCUGGUUUCCGACGCCACUCCUGUCAUUGAGCUCACCACCUACAGCAAGUACCUGAUGCUGAUCAGCGAUGCCUUCAAGCCUAAGCCUGGUAUCUCCCAGGUCCUGCUUGGUAUCGGUAGUGACGAUGGACGCGACCCCCAGAGCAUUUCAGUUGACUUGCUGCGGGAUCUCGCCCACCUGUUUAAGCAUUCGUCCCUGAAGUCCAAGCUUGAGGCAGCUUUCGAGUCAGAAGGUGAACUCGCCGAUCAAUCCCGCGCGUGCUUCUCUCGGGUAUUGGAGCAGGUGUUGAACAUCGGCGAGGGCGUCAAGAACAUGAAGCUCGUGAGCCAGGCUUGUGGCGAAGUACUUGGCUCCCUCUUCAGCACCCUGUCCCUCGUUGACUUCCUGGACACUAUCGAGGUUCUUCUCCAAGGGCCCAACGAUGAGCUCCGCCGCAAGGUCCUUCGUCUGCUCGAGAACCGUCUUCGCCAGACUCCCGAGCGUGAUAAUCUUUCCCAGAUCCGUGUCCUUGACUUCCUGCCCACCCUGGUCAGCAUCGUCGAAUCUUCCCCCGAUAUCUUGCUCAAGCAUGCCGCUGUUUCGUGCAUCGAUCGCAUCACUGACAAGUACGGCCGCAAGGAUCCUUCCAAGGUUAUUCCAGCCGCUAGAGCUGUUGCUAGCGAGUCUUGCCUUGGCCAAUCUGAUGACCGCAUUCGCUACAUCGGUGUCCUCUGCCUGGCUUCUAUGGCCGAGGUUUUGGGCCAGGCUAUGAUUCCUGCCCUUCCGGACACCCUCAAGCGCUCCUUGGAGUUGCUUGAGCAGAGCCUGGUCUCUGGCAAAGAGAACUCUCGUCUCCACGAUGCCAUCUUCACAUUAUUCUCUGCUCUUUUCGUUCACUUGCCAUUCAUGAUCUCUGCCGGUCAUUUGGACAAGGUUCUGCUUCUUUCAUUCAAGUCUGCUAAUGCCGACAUCGAAGAAAGUAGCGAUGAGAGUCGUCAAGAGUCUCUUCGCUUGCUUGCACGCAAGGUCGAUGUGAGCGCUACUCUUGGUGCUGUCGACCGCAAUUGGCAAAAGGCCGUCGAGGCUGGCCCAAUUGCCGUCAAUGAGAUUUUGGAGGUAGUGACCCUUGCCGUUGACAAGCACCCCAAGUCCACCAUCGCCAAGAACAUUGGUACUCUUACCAAGAUUCUUUUCAAGGCGUUUGACCUGCGUCGUGAGCAGCUCGCUCUGGGCGACAAGGCUGUCUUUGAAUCAUCUGCCAUUGACGAGGCCGAGUCCGCACUGAAUGACGUUACCAUUAAGAUGAUCUACAAGCUGAACGACAGCACAUUCCGCCCCAUCUUCCUCCGCUUCGUUGAGUGGGCCACUACCGGCGCUCCCAAGAAGGAUGAGCAGGCCCAGGUAUCCCGCCUCACGACAUUCUACAAGUUCCUUGAGGUGUUCUUUGGCACUCUUCAGUCCAUCGUCACCGGAUACUCCAGCUACGUGUUGGAGAAUGUUGUCAGCAUCCUAAGCACCACCGGACCCUCCAAGGCCCAGAAGCCCCUGUGGCUUGCGGCCCUUCGCAUGCUUCGCAAGUCCUUCGAGCAUGACCAAGAUGAAUUCUGGCAAUCCCCAUCUCAUCUCGCAAGCAUCUCCGGUCCCUUGAUCUCUCAGCUCAGCCACGCAACUACCACCACCACCUCAAACAUGGUGAUCGCCGAUGUUGUCCCCACAAUUACAGAGCUGGCUCUCGCCGCCGACUCUACGGAUAACCAUAAGGAGCUCAACUCCGCGUUGAUGAAGUAUCUCCGUCCUUCCUCCGCGCCCAAUGCCCGCUCUGCUGGUGGUGACAGCGCUUUCACUCGCCUUGCGGCCCUCAAGACCGAACAGGCUCUUACUGAGCAGCUUGGCGAGGAAUGGUUGGCGCUUCUGCCGGAGAUGCUGCCUUACAUCAGCGAGUUGAUGGAAGAUGAAGAUGAAAAUGUCGAGAGAGAGGUCAGGAAGUGGGUCAAGCAGAUUGAGAAGGUGCUUGGUGAGCGCCUUGAUGAUAUGCUGACCUAG